CAGCGGGGAUCCUUGAGGAGGAGGAGGAGGAAGAGUAACCGGACACCGGCUCUCAGAAGAGCAGCUGUCCGGUCAUAGUGCAGCAGCAGCGGCGACUGAAGCAGAGAAACACCGGGAGUCUCUGCUUCUUCUCACCGACUGUGACGCUUUCACAGCCGCUUUCUCCUCCUGCUCCUCCCGCUGCUCGGAACACGAAUAACGGAGUUACCGUAAAGUUACCGACACCGGCCCUGAACCGGAACUAUGAAGAAGAACAACACCGGGAAACGGGGUCCACAGGAAGCAGCGUCACAGAACCUUCAGCCUGAUAAAGUGGGCUGGAUCAGGAAGUUCUGUGGCAAAGGGAUCUUCAGGGAGAUCUGGAGGAACCGCUUUGUGGUUCUGAGAGGAGAUCAGCUGUUUAUUUGUGAGAAGGAGGUGAAGGAGCUGGGCCGUGCGGACGAAGUUCUGGAUCUGUGCCACUUUGACCGCUGUGAGGAAAUCCUGAAAAACAAGAGUCGAAGCAAGAAGAACCUGAGCAAAUUUAAACUGCAGCGCUCACACACGUGUGUCCCUGAACUGGUCUUCUUGGCCGUCAGUCCAGAAGAGAAAGAAUUGUGGAUCAGUGUCAUAAAUGGUUCUAUCAUCAGAGCCAAGAACCGGAUCCUGGACGAGGUGACGAGUGACGAGUCUCAGCUUCUUCAUCUGACUCGACAUCGAGCAAAGAUUCCUCACAACAGACGACUGCCGACCAGAGGACACCUGCUGGCCGUGGCCUCGUCCUGCUCUUCAGAUGGAACUCUGACUCUGGAUCUGAUCCAGGAAGAAGACAUUCCGUUUUGCCGGGUCAGUGUUUGUGAGGACCUUGAGCUGGACCGCAGUCCAGACUGUCCCAGGUCCAGAACCAACGGUGCUCUUUUUCCCAGGACCACUGAGGCUUGUGGGAAAUCCCGGAGUCUUCCUCGUGAGGUGGUGGUGGAGUGGGAGCAGACGACGACAGAGAAGAACCGCUGCACCUCCAUGGACCAGAUCUUGUCUCACUCAGACACUGAAACCACUAAGAACAGGACUGUGGUGAUGCCCCACCCACAGCCACUAACACUCCGCCCACAGACGUCAGCGCCACCCAUAGACCUGCUGCAGGAGCUGAUCGGUCAGAAGCUGCGCAGGACAGAGCAGCUGCUGGCUGAGGUGAGGGUGGAGGAGGAGAAGGAACUGUCUGAAAGUGAGAAGCUCCUGAAGGAGGCAGCGGCCGCCUGGAGUCACGCCCACGAAGUUCUGGAGGAGGUGAAGGAGCUGAGGACACUGUACCAACAACUGAACUCCUCCUCCUCCAUCACUGUGUCCAACAACGACAACAAGAGUCCGAUGUGAAGAGGACGUGUGGACAAACUGGUCGUCAGGAGGACGUGUGUCGGUGUUGUCCUUGGUCCAGUACCAUUACACUUCUGUUCAGCUGCUGCUUCACAACUGAAGAGAAACCAGAACAAACGUCCACGUCUGACUUCACUGAGGGUCAUGUGACGUAAAUGUCGUCAUCAGCUGAGUCACAUGACCAGACAACCACGUGGAUGCACCAGGCACGACAACAGAGCGUGUGGGACCUAGCUCCACCCCAAACUCCGCCCCCUCAUCCAGAAUCCCACCCACAUUGCUACAUUUUGUCCUUGAACUACAGUGAAACGACAGUGAACUCCAAUGUUUAAAACUGGUACUGCAGUCUAUUCAAAACAGACACACACCCGUCUUCUUUCCCUCGUCUUCUGCUGUCCUCUCGUCUUCUGCUGUCCUCUCUUGUCAACGUUUUUUUUCCAGACUUUCCUGACAUCCAGCUGCUUUGUUAUUGGCUGAGUGGAAGUGGAGGCGGAGCUACAGUAACAGCAGAAGUUUCCAGACGAGUCAGUUCCGCAGAAAUGAAAACACGACUGUGAUAGAUCAGUGAUCAGCUGAGAAGCCCCGCCCCUUACGUUUACAAACCACUGAUGACACUUUGUUGACUCUUUUCUAUUGAUCACUUUAAUGAGCUGUUCUAGGUUCAGAGAUGAAGACGCCCCCUGCUGGACACAUCUGUGUCACAGAAGACACGUCAGUGGACAGUGGAUCAGUUCUGAACUCACAAAGUGGUCAAUACAAACAAACAACAAUAAAAUGUUUUAAAAACAUUAAUAAACAUUUUUUUAAAACAUGAAACGCUGGUGAAACUUUGACUCAAAUGUCUCUGUCUAUGCUCAGUGAACAGCCUCGUCCACGUUGUCCUCACUGUCUCUCUCUCUGCUCAGUAAACAGCCUCGUCCAUGUUGUCCUCACUGUCUCUGC